AUGGUGGAACUCAAAGCUUUCAUAAUCGGCAAAGUCAAAGACAAAGCUUCGAUAGGCAAAGUUCAGUUGAUUCAUAGUUUCAGCUCCACAUCCGUCAGAUACAUUCACUUAGCCCUUCUGAAAUCAACCACUCAUUCUUCUCACAAGCCACCUGAUAGCAACUAUGUCUCCGCCGUCCUCUCUUACUCCAACAGCCGUUACAGUCCGGCGGCUUUUGCAGCGGUUAUGUGGAGGUUACGAGUCACAAAGAACGCUUUCGUGGCCACCAAGUCUCUAAUCGUUUACCACAAACUUAUGAAAUCAUCGCCAGACAAGUUUGAAGGGUUUGAUCGUGGCCGGAGCAAUCUAAAGUUGAAUGAUUUCUUAGACAAAUCUUCUAGUCUCACGGUAGAAUUAUCUCGAUGGAUUAAAUGGUAUGCACUCUAUUUGGAAAGUCUCACAUGGAUUUCGAAGGUAUUAGGAUCUUUUCCAAAACCAAUCGAGAGCUCCAAAGAUAGAGCCAAAGAAAAAGACUGUGUUUCAUCUUACCAAACCGGGUACAUAAUGAGACAAACCGAGUCUCUUGUGAGUUUCUUUGAGCAUAUAUGUACCAGACCGGAGACUCCACCUAUGUUCCAAAACAAGAUCGUGGACGAGAUCAGAGAGCUCGUGAUUCAAGAUUACUUCACGGUUGUAAGAUUGGUUAUGAUACGGCUUCAAGUGUUGAGUGAGAGAUUGAUUAAACCGGGUAGUGAUUCUGGUUUGAACGAUUUGAGACUUGUUUUGGUGAGACUUGAAGAAUGCAAGGAGAGUUUGAGUGGAUUCUUUUGGCGCUGCAGACGUUUGGCAGAAGAUUUUUGGUGUUUGGUUGAGAUAUUAAAGGCCAAGACGAUGAAUGAAGACAGGGAGAUGGUUGAAUUGGCCGGAUCGGUUCAGCUUGCGGUUAAGGACGAUGAGGAGAUGGUUGAAUUGGCCGGCUCGGCUCAGGCUGAAUGGGUAACAUUUAAUGAAUCCGAGAUAGCAACGGACGAGGUGGUAAAACGGGAUUCUGAGUGGGUAACAUUUGAUGACUCCAAGGGAUUGACGAAUGAACCGGUACAGUUCAGGCUAUAUACAUGA